AUGGGCGAACCAACAGCCGAAGAAUCUGCGUCUACCAACGAUUUGGAAGUUUUGUUUGCUGAUAGAUAUACUAUUGUAUGUUUCAUUUGAUUUUUUCAGCCCUAUGUUUUAUUUUAUUAUUUUGAAGAGACGAAAAGAGCGAACGAAUUAUUUUCAGGAGAAUCCAACAUAUGCCAAAAUAGCGAAAGGAUUCGACAAAGUUGUAAUGGUGCAACCUUGGCCGCCUCAUCAGCCCAACAACAAAAGAAGAUAUGACAACAACUUCAGGGGGUACCAUUGAAAUAAGUUUAUUCGAAAUUCCAUGAGAUUUAUCCAGACAAAGCCGUCCUUACCAGCACCGGGGUUGGCGGCCUCGUGGCGGUUAUCAGCGAAAUUAUUAUAGUAAGUAAAUUUUCGAAUGGCUUUUUUAUUGUAAUGUUUUAAAAAUUAAUUUUCUGUUUUGAGACGGGAAAAAUGAAUCAAUUUUUAUCUUCCUAUAAUGUUCACUGAAUUUUUUUUUCUGUAGAGUUCCAUGCUACCUUUAAGGAUAGAGAAUCUUCUAUUCCAGAAAAGAAACUUUUUGAAUCUAUCUGAAACAUUUUUUUAAGUCAAAAAUUUUAGAUGAUCGUAGCGGUGAAGAUAACUCGCGGAAAUACGAGGGUCAUAUGUCGGCCAAUCAACGACAGUGA